AUGGAGAACGGCGCAGCCUCAGAGGGUAAAGAUCCCUCGGCCUUCCUCGGCGAGAUCAUCGGUGCUCCGGUGAUUGUCAAGCUCAACUCUGGUGUUGUUUACAAGGGUGAGCUCCAAUCGGUGGAUGGCUACAUGAACAUUGCGCUGGAGAAGACCGAGGAAUUUGUGAAUGGGAAGCUUCGUCGCAGCUACGGAGACGCCUUUGUGCGUGGAAACAACGUGCUCUACAUUUCCGCCGCUUGA